UGGUAACACAGGCCUGUUAUUUAACACUGACCUGCAUGUAGGCAUCCAGUGGGUCCACUUCAUUGCCAUCAUCCUCUUUCUUUACUUCAACUUCUUCCUCAUCAUCAUCAUCUUCAUCUUCCAGUGACCACUUUUUACUGACCGGAGCAAUGUUGAUAGGAAUCAGUUCCUGUUUUUUCUUCCGUUCAGCCCGCCACUGUUCUAUUCUCUCCCUGCGUUUCUGCAUCUCCAUCUCCAACCUUUUCUGUUCUUCUUCCUGAAAAUAAGGAACUGUGAGUAUGAAAUAAUCGCACAAAAGAUAUGUAAAAUUCAUUGAAAGAUAAUACAUGCUGCUACGUAUAAUAACAAGGCAUUGUGAGCUUGUGUCACGGUGAAAGUUGUUUUAUAAUUCAUGCAUCUCUGAAAAACGAUGGAUCAAUUUCAGCAAACAUUUUAAAAUCUCACAAAAAGUGCAAAGUGUGACAUUAUUUUUAAAUUGUUGUAAGGAAAUCAAAUGUAGUUCAACUGCUAUAAAAGACAUUUUUGUUCUCAAAAAUUCUCAACAAAUUGUUAUCAAUUACGUAAAGAGAAAGAAUACUGCUCAUUGCACAUUAAUUGUUUAUAUCAUUACUAAUCUGUUUCUAUCACUAUUUGUCUCUUGCAACCUGUGAAGCACAGCCAAUGUUGAGAAAACAGAAAACAUAAUUAUAAAUUAAAUCUGUAAGAGAUUUGAUAAUGAAAUCUGAAUCAUUUAUACCAUAAUGAAAUAUAUUCUGGACAAACGGUUUGUUCUGGACCUUGAGGUUUCACAUGAAAACCAAUUUCUUUAUUUACAAAAUACAGACUGAGAAUAAUAUUAUACAUACUAGUCAACGUGUACUUUUAAUCAAUUGGACAUGUAAUGUUUAAUUGAAUGAUCUAAAAAUGUGCAAUAGAGGGCUAUUUAGUACUAAAAAAGUAGAUUUUCAUAGUGAAUAAAUCAUUUUAAUAUAAAUCUGCUGCCAGCAAGUAAAGCUAGAUUUUUAUAGUAAAAAUUACACUAGGCAAUAUACUAGUAUCAUCAUGAUGAUAGAAAUCUGUAUCAUAUGUGCAGGUAGAUUUUUACAAGUAAACUUUCAAUUACACUACUCAAUAAAUCACAUUAAUAUUAAUUUGUAUGUGCAGGUAGAUUUCUACAGGUAUUUUUUUAAAAGUAAACUUUCAAUUACAUUAGUCAAUAAAUCAUAUUAUUUUGUAUGUGCAGGUAGAUUUUUGUGAUUAGAUUUCUAUACUUAAAACUUUCAAUUACACUGGUAAACAAACCAUGACAUACAAUAAUAGAUCAUGUGUGGUUUUAACUUUCUUUAUGACUGGUCACCUGUCAAAAAAUAAACAAAAUUCUACAUACACAAGGUAAUGUCAGGUGUUCAACACCAGGUAGCCACACCUGUCCCUGUGUACCUAACUGUGCCCACUGAAGCAUGUCCAUCUGGCACAGGAGAAUUCCUCCCAUUACUGGUCCAGUUCCCACCCUAAUAAACUGUGUUGUGUCAGCACCCAGCUGUGACAAUUCAUCAUGGCUGGUACUUAUAUAACCAGACAGAUUUUAUCAUCACUGUUACAUUACAUUCAAAGGUUUACAGGGAUUAUCUGUGACUACUUUAAUCUGACUAUAAAAAUACCAAAGAUUCUCAAUAGCUGGGGUCUUUCUAAAAGAAAGGACAGUUGAUUUCAGUACAGGAUGAAGCCAGCCAGGAUACCAAAGACAACAGCACAGGAAAAUUCACAAUCAAUGACAAAAACCCAGAAGCGGAAACUGCUGGAGUCCAGUAGUGAUGUUGUUGGUCAGCUCCUGAGAAACUACAGCCGAGCUGGACAGCAGAUUCACUGCAUCAAUGACUACACAACACAACUGACUAAACAGGCCAUCACUGCCAUGAAGACUGGGAACAAGGGAAGAGCACUGCAGCUGAUGAAGCGUCGGUGUGUGGCUGAUGGAGUGAAACACAUGUACCGUCAGUACCGACAGAUGAAGUGGGAUCAGGCCCACAGACUCACCGUCAUCGUGGCCAGCACCAUUAACCCCGGCAUCUCCCUCCCUAGUCGCCCACAGGACAACCAGAUGGGACAGGAGGAGAUUCAAGUGGAAAAGUUUGCGCAGACAAUGAUGGUAGCCCAGUGUAACUUUAGACGAAACAGCUGAACAACCACUUGGUGGAACAGAGAGACUGGACAAAUAAGUUGUGUGGAAUUAUUUCAUAUACAUGCCAUUUACAUAGAUGUGACAAAAUGUUUGAUUAUCGUCUGCUUCCACUAUGAAGCACUGUAUAUACUGACCCUGUAGGAAUCUGUGAAUUAUUAAUAGUGGCGACUUGCUGUGUAAAUAUGUACUGUAUAAUGUUUCUACAUAAUAGUGCUUAAAUAAAUAUUGAAAUUUUC